GCAUUCUGGGAAAAACCGCUCUACGCCCAAAAUGGCGGCAGGGUUGAAAAGUUGGUGAUGUUUCAUUCCAGUUAUCAAACCUCCUAUUUUUAAUAUACUACAUCCUGUGUGUUUUACUAUUAAGAAAGUCCCUCGUUUUUAGGAUAGAGGGGGAAGCUGCGCUCCGUCGGACGUGCGAGUGGCGGCAUCGGUGAACCGUAAGUUUUGUGUCACCCAGCAAAGUUAGCGAGCCCGGGACCUCGUCGCCCGGUUACUUUUGCAUGGAAAGUGCUUACGGACGCUUUCGCCGCGGCGACCAUGCCGGUCGGACUUUGGGCACCUCACACGCUAAAAUGACGGCGAGGAGAAUCUGCAGAUAGAGAUGGAGGAUGACGGCAAAAAGGCAAAAAAGGCGGCGUCAUCAUAACCGGAAAUCCCGACGUGUGACGUCAUGCGGUGGUUACGUGGCGUCAUUCGGUCGCUACGAGACGGCAGUGACUGACGAAAUGGUUUAAGUGUUACAUUCUUAUGCCACAAAUACAUUGGAGGGAACAGGUGCAUGGAGGGUCAAACACCUAUGCAAUGCAGAACAAAAAGCAGUGCAAUAAGAGACAAAACAGUGCAAGACAAAAGGGAAUAGACGUAAUAAAACAUUAAUUAUUUUGGGGUAAACUGGGGCACACGGCCCCCAGUUUAUUUAUUUGCUGUGGGGCACAUGUGUGUUUGGAUUUAGCACCAUGUCUGAUUAACACUAUCAACUUACGAUGCUGUUAACCAGCCUGAUAAAUGUAUUAGUUCCUCCCUACAAAACAUAUGUUGUAAUUUUCAUGUAAUUUUCAUGAACAUGUAACCAUAUCGUUGUGAAACUGUAGGAUUAACAGUGUAUACUUUUGGAACCAGUCAGAAGAUUUGUCAUGAUGAAGUUGACAAUCAUAAGUAAAUGACACAAUGUCCCUUUUCCCCUAAACAACUGUCUGUUUGAUAUUAUGAGUUUUAUUAGUUGAGUCUGUUAAUCUCAUUAAUUACUUUAACUGCUUUGGUGGUAUUUUGGAGACAGAAUACUUGUCAUGUUUAGUUACACAAUGUCAUGUCUCAAAAUAGUUAGAAUCACUGUUGUCACUAAGGGAAAAAAAAUGUAUUUUAUGAAUAUUUAACAUUUUAAUAUCUAUAGUUAUUUAGUGCAUUCUAUUGCAUCCCCAAGUAGGAAAUGAUUUCUAGGUAAACAUAAUUUUCAGAUUGUGUUUUAUUCUGCAAGUUAGCCUAUUAUAAACAUAUAGUAUUUGACGUGUGUGUAAUGGAAAUGAUUAUGAUUUUUUUAAUCACAUUCCUUUACUUGUGGUUUGUUACACUCAUUUGCUAUUUUAUGUAUAUAUUAUUAUAUAACAAAGCAGCAAACUAGUGUAAGAAACCACAAGUAAAGGAAAGUUUUGUUAAAAAAAGACCAUGAUUAUUUCUAUUCCAAUGUCAUAUUUCUUAACCAGACACACAUACACACACACACACACACACACACACUCUUCCAUUUCUGUAUUUUCCCAGUGUAUUCACACGAGAGAAUGCAGGGCAGGGCAUGUAAACGUUAGACAGGAUGUGACUCCCUCCUAUCAGCCCAGACCAGCAGUGCGGAGAAGCACUUCAGUGGAAAUACUGGUCUGCCUUUUCAGGCUGAGCCCUUCCUUGGCCCAACCUGAGUGACCUGCAAGUCCCUUCACGGUUAUCUGUGAAGAUGGCCCACGGGCUGCUUUCCAGCUUUAGCAGAAUGUUUGCUCUGGUUUCACUCUCCCAAUCCAUUUUGCUGAGCUCUCUAUAGUCUAGAAUGGUUUUUGGAUAUUUUUUUGUUUUUGUUUGGUUUUUCCUCAUUGCAUGUGCUCCUAAUACUUUAUGUGUGGGGUGCUUUUUCCGCAAUGUAAUGGUAAGUAGGGUUUGAUCUUGUCAUGGCUCAUCCGCUAGAAUAAAUAUUUAACCAAAAUGCUGAUAUCUCUCCAAAAUAUGAAAAAACAAAACAAGCUACCUGCAGAAUUAUCCUGGUUAUAGGCUGUUGCUGUUGUUUUUUAAGUUGAGUUUGAUUACAGUAGAUGGCAGCACUAAACAGUACAUUUGUUCACAAACAGGCUUUAAAAACACAAUUGACUGCUUGAUCAUAUUUGGCUAGUCACUGCUUUUCUGUUCUUGGGAAUCCUUAAAUAGAGGCAGAUAAGAUGUCAGACAUACUGUAUUCCUCCACUGUCACAAAGGCCCACAUUUCAGCUGCUCAUUUACUUAAGCCAGUGUUAAUUGUUCUUCUGCUUAAAUUUGGUCCAGUUUUGGUUUUAAUGACCAAGUGAAUUAGGUAACCACAUUGAUCAUUUUUAGUUUGUUUAAUUUUUAGAAAGGGAAGUCUCUCUAACUCACUUCACACAGGGGACCCAGCUAACUUAACAUCUCGACGGAUUCUUACACUUGACAGUCCACAUGUAUCUUUUCUUUUUUUUUGUCAGUCCAAUAAUACCAAGUGAUAACAUGUAAAAAUACAACUUUAAAAGCUUACAGAUCAUUAGUGACUGAUUAAUGAUUAAUGUAACCAACUGGAAGUUAGAUGAGCCAGUGAUUGACAGUAAGCUGUAAUUCUGUCCACCAUGUAUUUUGAAGCCUUGUGUUCCAUUAUUUUAUUUACUAGCAAUUGUGAAAGAUAGAACCUGAAUAUUAUACAUUCACCCAUGUGUCAUAGGGCUAUAUACAUAAAAUAUGAAUGCACCUUGAAUUUGGAUGCUGUUCCAAGGUUGAUGGUUUCAUAUGAUCACACAAGGUCAUGUUAAAGCAACAAGAUGGUACAGAUACAUAUUUGGUGUUUUCUUUUUGGAGCUAGCAUUCAGCCCUUGUGCCAUUAAGAUUUCUGAUUUUUUUGUUCAAUUCCCAUAUGGGAUUUUGGCCACAGUGCUUAAAUGUCUAAAAAUUGUAAAAACAAACAUGAAUAACGAGAAACAUUCAUUUGAGCCGCCACAGUCACUUCCAGUAAUGGUGUUUGUAAGAUCAAGAAAGUGAAAAGUUGUGUUGGUGUGAGCAGCAAGUGUAUUGACAGGAAGUGGUGGUGGUUCUGCUUCCUGUUCAUCUGCUCCGCCACUGCUCUGCUCCUCUCCUGAGCAUAGAGACGUUUCUUAUUGCUCAGGCAUGUGGAGGUAGGCGAAAGCUGCGCUCGUGCUCAGUUGGCUAGGCAGUGGCAUGGGAUAGGCAUCACCUCCUGAAUAUUUCAAGACGGGCUUGAAGUUUCAUGGAGAGCGAGCCUGGUAUUGCGUCUCCAUUCAAGCGCGUCUUCCUGAAGGGAGAGAAGGGGAGGGACAAGAAGUCCCAGGAGAAGGCGACGGAGCGUCGGGCCCUACAUACAGUCUCCGUGUCCCAGCCCGAUCACCGCGUCGACCCUGAGGUCCUGCUCAAUGACUACAUUGAGAAGGAAGUCAAGUAUUUAGGGCAGCUAACAUCAGUUCCGGGGUACCUAAAUCCUUCCAGUCGGACAGAAGUUUUGCAUUUGAUUGAUAAUGCCAGGAAGACCCACCAGCUCCCAGGACAGCUGACAGCUGAGCAGGAUGCGCUGGUCAGCCUCUCAGCCUACAACGUGAAGCUGGUGUGGCGUGAUGGCGAGGACAUCAUCGUGCGGGUGCCUAUCCACGAUAUCGCCGCCGUGUCCUACAUCCGUGACGACUCCCUGCACCUCAUAAUACUUAAGACAGCCCAGGAACCUGGAGGCUCCCCUUGCCCAAGCACCUGCCCAGACGCGUCCAAGACCCAGACCCUGAGCUCGCUGCCCGAGAGUGGCCCCAUGUUGUUGGACGUGUGCAGCCUGCUGGUGCUCGCUGUGGAGAACAAAGCUGCCGCUGAGGAGCUGUGUUUGCUUCUUAGCCAGGUCUUCCAGAUAGUUUACACAGAAUCUACCAUCGACUUCUUAGACAGAGCGAUAUUCGAUGGGGCCUCGACACCCACCAGACAUCUGUCAUUGUACAGCGAUGACUCCUCAAGCAAAGUCGAUGUGAAGGAGCCCUACGACACUGAAGAAUUCCCCUUCCAGGGCCCUCUAGACAUGGGGGGAAACUCCUUGGCCUCAUCCCCCUCCACACCGGCGUCUCCGCAGGCACACGCCACCAGUGACAGUGAGCUGAGCACCACGGCUGCAGAGCUGCUGCAGGACUACAUGACCACGACCUGUCAAACCAUCUGUUUGCCUGUCCAGCUUCGGACCAAGUUGUCCUCUCAGGAGAUCCAGCAGUUUGCCACGCUGCUGCAUAAGUACAGGAACGGCUCCUCCAUCCACGAGUUCUGCAUCAACCUGCGGCAGCUCUACGGUGACAGCAGGAAGUUCCUCCUCCUGGGACUCAGGCCCUUCAUCCCCGAGAAGGACAGCCAGCACUUUGAGAACUUCUUGGAGACCAUCGGUGUAAAGGACGGGCGGGGAAUCAUCACCGAUAGCUUUGGGAGGUACCGGCGGACCCUGAGCACCACCUCUAACUCGACCACCAACGGCAAUGAAGCGGCAGAAGGUGUCGACGAGCAGCCAGUAAACACCGAAGGCGACGAUUGGGACCGCAUGAUCUCGGAUAUCAGCAACGACAUCGAGGCGCUGGGCUGCAGCAUGGACCAGGACUCCUCGUGAGGAGGCCGACCUGGGACGGUCGCGACAUGGAUGCUCUGAGGACCGGAUGCCAUUUCAGCAGUAUUGUAGCCGAGUUCGAUGUCCUCCGUAUCUCUUGCCUUGUUGUAGCCUGUAGAGUGUGACAGCUGGUGCCGAAAGCUUUGCGCACACGGGUGACCCUGUAUCGGCAGUAUCUGCUGAACCUUAAUGAGGACACGUCUGAGCCGCCUUACGAGAACCCACGUAGACCUCCAAACUUCAAAGGCUUGAAGAAAGUACAGAAGUCUUGCUUUUAUAUAGCUGCGGUUGUAAUAUCGUCAUUUGGUUUGUAUCCUCCAUCCCCAAGGUCACUGUAUCCUGAAAUGUAUGCAGAGUUUGAGAGAUUGUGGCUAAUUCUGAAGCAUGUUUUACUGUUUUUUUUUUUCUCCUCUCCACAUUGCAAGAUGUACUCAAUGCUUUUUGCGGCUGCCAGUCCGACCCGAUUAUUGGUAGCCGUACGUUACAUUUACAGUUGAUGCUUUGCUUUCGAUUACAUGAAGGCACCGUUUAUUUGAUGCUCGGCCGCUUCCAUCGAGUGCUCCUCUUAGACAUUGGGAAGAAGAGCUGAAUUUGACAAGGCCAGUCUAUGGUUGAUAAUUCUUAAGACUCCUAAAUCCCUUUGUGUAUUUUUCUUUAGGCUCUGGUGUCAAAGUUGCAUCACCAUAAAAUUUCGCGCGACGAUUUGGUCUGUGUUUAUUUCAGUUGGGAGAAUAACUGCUGAGUGCAUGAACCAGCUGAAAGUAUUGAAAGGGAAAUGAAUCCCGUCACCAGGCAACCGGAUGUCAGUUCAGGAUUGUCAUGUUUCAAUGCACCACUUAGCCUCACAUCUGCAGCGCGAAUUUCCAGCAAAUAAAUUUGAAUAAAACAUAGAAGUGUAAUAGGAAUGUCACAUUUCCAUCAAGGACCUACUCCCAGCAAAUACAAUAGUAGAAAAUUAUCCUGCUGGCUUAAAACUUGACUUUAAAAAAUUGAUAUAAAAGAAACCGAGAAAUGGUUCCCUAAAUAUGUGCCGUGCAUGUGACAUGAAGCAGUGUCUAGAUUUUUUCAGUUAUGUUAGAAAUUAACAGAAUUUAUUAAAAAAAAAAAAAAAACAAGAGUUGCCUUAAUUCCUCGACAACAUUUCACACAGAAAGCCUUUGAGAGACUUUGGCUAAGUAAGGAUACCAAUAGAGAACAAAUUCCUGAAUUGUCUCUCAUAGCUAUUAUUUUUCACCCUGAUGUCAGAUGAAGUCUGUUGGAUAUAAUGUCUUAAAUUCAUUGUCACAUCAUUUUUUUCUGUUCAUUAACUGCUUAGCAGCAGGUUUGUGCCGCUAGAUUCUUCCCCCUGACUGAUUCCCAAACCUCGGUUCUGCUUGAUUUUGCAUUCAAAUGACACAAGCGGUUAUUUAUAUACCCAGUCAGGUGGUACUCAAUGCCAAAAAUGCAGAAAUAAAAUUCUAAAAGAAUUACUCCUAUUAAUGCCUUCUUACAGAACUGCUUGUUCUUAACAGAUUAAAGGGGAAACACUUGUCAGCAAGUUUGAAAGCAACUACUUUCCUAAACGCCAGAUGCCUUUAAAAAACAGAAAACAUACACCCACUAUGGACAAACUCACGCACUUUUGCAAAAUGAAAAUAAUUUGGAAGGAAACCGGGACCUAAUCCUCAUGUAGAGAGACUUUUUGAAAACAUGCGGUUGUCUCACGGUCCAAGAUAUUUAUGUCACACUGCAAUAUAAAAUGCAGCAAUUUGCUCUGUAUAAGAGUGUCUGUUAAACUAAUAAAUGUAAACAUAGAUCCAGUAAAAUCAUGGAAGUUG